AUGCCUGGUUGCCGGAAGGUAGCGCCGGGCUUAGGGCCAGGUGUCUCGUCAAACCCUUAACCGACCGACCGACCGGUGACUCACGUCACAGAUGAGGAGAGUAGCGUAGCGUAAGGAACUCCCCACUCUCAGGUGAAAAGCAGGGGAAAGGAACUUUCUGAAGACACACGCCCACACUGCUACAUGAAGAACGGAUGAAUCAUCCCUCUUGCUCUUCCUGCAAUGCACUUGCGCGUGUCUGUCCUUUGCUGUUGCGUCGUGCAGCCGUCGAAGGUCGGUGUCGGUGAGCCCUUCCUGAAUCGACUUCAACAAACCAGGGCCCUUCAGACGGUCAGCCACAAAGCCGCCGCCAACCAAGGAGGAUGAAACCCGUUUGUCUGUCUGUGUGUCUGUCUGUCUCUCUGUCUGUAUGUGUGUCUUCUAAUGCAGUCUGUAUCUGAAAAACUACCGCUACCCAUGGGAUCCUACUGCAGUUGCUGUCCCUCGACCCCCCGACCAUUGGCCCGUCGCGCCACGUCGCUUCGCUUUUUGACGAGAGCGGAGAGCGCCCGUCCGCAUGUGGACGCUUUACGGCUGUCCGCCUGUCUUCUGAUAAGCACCCCCACUUCGCUGCUGCCGCGGAGACGCUGGCUCGCGCCUUUUGCGGCAGCGAGAAGACCAACCCGGACCCAGCGACAGGGUGGGUAUACAGCGGAACGUGUGAUUCCCUGUUGGCUCCCCUUCCCGGCCCGCCGUCGGAGAAGCGUUUGCAGUGGUUCCGCUGGCUCACUAAGAUGGCCAUGCACUGGGCUCUGCAGAGAGGCGGUGCCUAUGCGCUGCUGGACCGGGCGGAACGAGUCGUCGUCGCCGUCACUCUUGUGAGUCCGCCGGGUGCGCCCUCGGUCGAUGAGCUCGGGUUCUGUGGGGAGCUGGGUCUCAUUUGCAAGGCCGGGCUUCCGCCGUUUUCGACGGAUAGCGAGCGUACGGGAGCGGAGUUCGGCAGUUGUAUGGAUCGCAUGCGGACAUUGGAGACGACGCUGGUCAAGGCGCACAAGGAACUAGAGGCGGAAGCGGCAGGGUCUGGCAAGACUGGCGACCUUCACGUCGCCAUGGUGGCCGCCGACCCACAGAGGCAGGGACAAGGCGUCGGCUCCGCUCUGCUCCAGCUCGUCUCGG